AUGGCCACGGACACGGCCAUCACCACGGCCAUCACCACGGCCAUCACCACGGCCAUCACCACGGCCAUCACCACGGCCAUCAUCAUCACCACGGCCAUCACCACGGCCAUCACCAUCACCACGGGCACCUCCAUCUCCACGGACAUCACCACGGCCAUCACCACAGACAUCGCCACGGACAUCGCCACGGACAUCACCACCAUCCUCACUUUGAUCAGCAGCAGCAGAACUCACAGAGCAAAACCAUUUUCACAAAGCAUCCUCCUGCCGAGAGUUGAUGUGGCAAAAAACACGAGGAUCCCAUGUGGACUUCCUGAUAUCUCUACUGAAAACUGCGAUGCCAUAAACUGCUGCUCUGAUGGUGGACAGUGCUAUUAUGGAAAGGCAGUGACCGUUCAGUGCACCAAGGACGGCCAGUUCAUUGUCGUAGUGGCGAGAGAUGCCACUCUGCCCAACAUUGACCUCGAGUCAAUCUCACUGUUGAGCAAAGCUUCAGGCUGUACACAUGUUGACUCUAAUUCAGACUUUGCCAUCUAUAACUUUCCUGUUACCGCAUGUGGCACCAUUGUUUUGGAGGAGCCUGGUGUUAUAAUCUAUGAGAACAAAAUGUUCUCCUCAUAUGAAGUGGAAACCGGGCCACGUGGAGUCAUUACCAGGGACAGCCACUAUGAAUUGCUCUUCCAGUGUCGGUACAUCGGCACAACUGUUCAAACUGUGGUUGUAGAAGUACUACCAUUAGGAAUUACUCCUCUAUCAGUUGCUGAGCUGGGACCCAUCAGAGUAGAACUGAGGUUGGGAAAUGGACAGUGUAUUUCAAAGGGUUGUAAUGAAGUGGAUGUGGCCUAUGAUUCGUACUACACGGAGGCUGACUAUCCCGUACGCAAAGUACUGAGGGACCCUGUGUACGUGGAGGUUCAACUCCUUGAGAAGACAGAUCCCAACCUUGUCCUGACUGUUGGUCGCUGUUGGGCAACCACAAAGCCCAACCCUCACAGUCUGCCCCAGUGGGACAUUCUGACAGACGGGUGUCCAUGCAGGAAUGAUAACUACUUGUCCUCACUGGUUCCAGUCGGUGCCUUCUCUGGUCUGGACUUCCCAAGUCACUACAGACGUUUCAUUUUCAAAAUGUUUACCUUUGUUGACCCCACGUCAUCUCAACCCAUGAAGGAACAGGUGUACAUUCACUGCAGUACAGCUGUGUGUACUACUACAGGAGGCCGGUCCUGUGAACCAAUAUGCUACAGAAAAAAGAGAGAUGUCAUGGCUGUGGACCAGACAAGUUCUGAGGCAAAGGUUGUGGUUUCUGUAGGACCAGUGAGCAUGGGUGCCUCCGCGGAGUAA